AUGACCUCGUUCAGCCUUUGCGUCCUCUUCUACCGCCACCUCCACCAGGCCCUUUCUUCUUCUCUUCUGCCCUUCUCCCUUUGCUUCCUUCGCGGGAUACGUUCGGUGCUCCUCUUGUGUUCCUUUGCUGCUGUGUUGGUCGUGGUCGUGGUCGUGGUCGUGCAGCCGCGCUUUCCCUUCCCUUUCCUUGCCUUCUCUUUCCUUUCCUUCUUUUGGUUUUGCUCGUUUCUCUUUCUAGUUUGCACUCGUGUGUUUGCAUGUGUUUCGUCAUCACCGCACAUGCGCACGGUGCCACGUAGCCCUCCACCCCCUCAUCUCCACCCUCACACCUCUUCCAGCAUCGUGCGUUCAUAUGGUGCUUCUUUGUUUUGUGUUUGCGCAUGUGUGUUGUGUGCCUUUGCAAGUUGGUGUGAUCACCAUGCGUGCAUGCACGCAUGCACAAGCACUGCUCUCCCUCACCCCCCCCCCCAACACACACACAUUUCCACACAUGCGCAUAUGCAAUGCAGUUCGCAAUUGUGUGUUUGCCUGUAA